CGAGGGCGGAAGUGAGGGGCUGGUCCUCGGAGGUGGGGGGGCCCCCGCGCUUGCUGUGGGGUGGGCGAGCGGCCGAUAUGGCGACCCCCGGGAGUCUUGUAGUUCCCGUGGAAGUGCUGUUGCUAUUGCUCUGGGGGGCUCCCUGGACCCACGGACGGCGGAGCGACGUGCGCGUCGUCACGGACGAGAACUGGAGAGAGUUGCUGGAAGGAGAGUGGAUGAUAGAAUUUUAUGCACCAUGGUGUCCUGCUUGUCAGAAUCUUCAGCCAGAGUGGGAAAGUUUUGCCGAAUGGGGAGAAGAUCUUGAGGUUAAUGUUGCAAAAGUAGAUGUUACAGAGCAGCCAGGACUGAGUGGACGAUUUAUCAUAACUGCUCUUCCCACUAUUUAUCAUUGUAAAGAUGGUGAAUUUAGGCGCUAUCAGGGCCCAAGGACUAAGAAGGACUUCAUAAAUUUUGUAAGCGACAGAGAGUGGAAGAGUAUUGAACCUGUUUCAUCAUGGUUUGGUCCAGGUUCUAUUCUGAUGAGUAGUAUGUCAGCACUCUUCCAGCUGUCUAUGUGGAUCAGGACUUGCCAUAACUAUUUUAUUGAGGACCUUGGAUUACCAGUAUGGGGAUCAUACACAGUUUUUGCUUUAGCAACUCUGCUUUCAGGACUGUUACUGGGACUCUGUAUGAUAUUUGUGGCAGAUUGUCUCUGUCCUUCAAAAAGGCGCAGACCACAGCCCUACCCUUCCAAAAAAUUAUUACCGGAAUCUUCUCAACCUUUGAAAAAAGUGGAGGAGGAACAUGAAGCUGAUGAAGAAGAUAUUUCAGAAGAGGAUGCUGAACGUAAAGAAGGAACAAAUAAAGACUUUCCACAGAAUGCCAUAAGACAACGUUCUGUGGGUCCCUCAUUGGCCACAGAUAAAUCCUAGUUUAUUUUUAUAAAUAUCUUAAUAUAAUUUGGAGAAAAACAGAAGAUUAAUCAUUUCUUUUGGUUUGAAGUGAUCCGUGACUUGUACCUUGCGGGAGUCAGUCUGUUGUCACUAGAUUGAAAGGUUUACUUUCAGAAAAUAAAAGGAGCACUAUGUAAAAAGUUUCAAAUAGGAUAUAACAACAGUAUGGUGGUUUAAACAAUUCUUUAAAUUUUUGAAGAAUCUGGUGUGAAGCAAGAGGUUUGUGUGUUUGUUUAAUAAUGACCUUUUUCAUAAUAAAAUUUUUCUGAGUUGAAAAAUUACAUUUCCCAAGUAUUGCAUUAUUGAGGUAUUUAAGGAGAUUAGAGAAAGAUUUCUCGUUUAAUAAAAUUUUCUUCAGUUUCACUGUGUGAAAAAAAAGAACAUAUUUCCCAUAAAUGGGAACUUUGCCCAUUGUCUCAAGAAAUACUAUUUCAGUGACAAUUCUGUGGUCCUUUUAGAGAUAAUAGUUCAAAAUUUCCUCAUAUUUUUAGAUAAUGCAACUAAUAAAAACUAACCUUAUUUUAAUUACAAUUUUUUUACACAUGAUAAUACAGGAUAUGCUACUGAUUUAGGAAGUUUUUAUAAGUCCAUGGUGGUGUCUUGAUUCCUAUAAAGUUUGGUUACAUUUUUGUUUCUGCAUUCAGUAUACUUUUCGUACCAUGGGAUACAUUUUUCAUUUUCCAAAUUGGAGAAUAUCCUGGAAAUAUUUUUCAUAUUCUAAUAAAUAGUAUUUUAUUUUGUUGUAUUUUAUUUUGUUUUUGCAAAUGGAAGGUUAUUGAGGGAUCUUUAAAAUUGAAGAGCUGUCUACUGAUUUAAAAAUUUGGCCACCUGUUUCAGAUUUUAAAUUAUUGUUGAACUUUUACUUGGACUUUUUUUGUAUUUUUGAUGUGAAGGUAAACUUUCUUGAUUUUUAUGUGAUGUGGAAAAGCCUCCGCAUUUUAUGUUUUAAAAAUUGAUAGAAGCUUAAUCUGAUAUAAAAUAAAGUUAGCAUUUCACUCAGGAAAAAACAUCUUUAAUAGUGCUAGUUUUCAGUGUAUAUUUGUCCUCAUCCAGGAGGUUCUUAGUUGUGAUUUUACGAAGUGUACGAUUGAUGUUUUAAAAUCAUAAUAUUUUUAUGUCUUUGAGAAGACAGAACUUUGUAUUCAAUACUUUCUUGUGUGGUAUAUAAAGGUGGGAAUCAGCAGGAUGGGACAUUGAAAAUAUUUUUAAUCUUUUAAAGAGUUUGCACCUUACAGCAAAAGUGGGGUCGGUGUGGGGUGGCAAUAGAGAACUGUAUUGGCUACAAGCAGGUGAAAACAGUAAAUAUUCAAACUGAUCACCUGUCUAUUAUGUAAUAGAAGAUUUCUGUGAUGUCCCCUCUCAUGUUGACCACAUAGAGGUUUGAUUUAUCUGCUGCUUUGUGAGUUUGUUAGACUUAACAGUUUCAUAAUAUACAACAGUUUUCUUUAAAGGCCGCCUCUUUAGGAUAUUAAGUAUUCUACCAUUGAAGAGUAUUGAUGUGCAGUAAUUUUGUGAUGCUUUAGACAAAUAUUCUAAGCACAAAAUAAACUUUUCUAAGCCACUAAAA